AGAAGAAGAAGAAGAAGAAAAAGUUCUGUAACGGUUGCAGAAGGAAGCAUAGCAGACACGAUUCCAAAAGCUGUUUUCUUUUCAUAAAUUCAAUGAUAACGCUUAUUCAUCAAUCAAUUCAGUUUCAUCUGUGACACCAUGACAUGAUGAUGACGAUUACAAUUUUGCAUGCCCAUAUAAUGAAGAUGAUGAUGAUGAUGACAGAGGUUCAAGCUCUGAACUGAACAGCUUUUUUGGGUUAUCAUCUGAAUGAAUGAUGUUGAAUCGUGGUGUUAGUGUUGUUGGUGGUGGUGAAGAAGAAGAUAAGCUCUAUGAACAACUAUGGAAGGCAUGUGCUGGACCUCAUGUGGAAGUUCCUCAUGCUGGUCAAAGGGUCUUCUAUUUUCCUCAAGGACACAUGGAACAAUUAGAAGUUUCAACAAAUCAGGAACUAAAUCAGAGGAUUCCACUGUUCAAACUUCCUACAAAGAUCCUUUGUCGUGUCGUCAACGUCAAUUUACUGGCUGAACAAGAAACGGAUGAGAUUUAUGCACAGAUUACUCUGGUGCCGGAAUCUAAUCAAGCUGAACCUACAAGCUCUGAUCCAUGCCCUGCUGAACUUCCAAGGCCAAGAAUUCACUCCUUCUGCAAGGUCUUAACUGCCUCUGAUACCAGCACACAUGGUGGUUUCUCUGUUCUCAGGAAGCAUGCAACUGAAUGCCUUCCACCAUUGGUAAUGCUAUAUGUUUGGACAUGUCCCAACCAAAAGGAUCUUCAUGGUUAUGAAUGGCGCUUUAAGCAUAUAUUUAGAGGUCAGCCACGCAGACACUUGCUCACAACUGGAUGAACUUUUGCAACUUCCAAGAGAUUAGUUGCUGGAGAUACUUUUGUGUUUCUAAGAGGGAACAAUGGAGAAUUACGUGUUGGUGUGAGGCGUCUUGCUCCUCUUCAGAGCAGCAUGCCUUCAUCUGUGAUUUCUAGUCAGAGCAUGCAUCUAGGAGUUCUUGCAACUGCAUCUCAU